GAUUUGGGCCAAGGCUUAUGCGACAUAAGGUUUUUGUUUUCCGGGCCGUUUCAUAUCGAGUCGGGUCGAAAUUUCAGUCCCGGUCGGGUCAUAUGGUUUCUCGGAAUCCGAAAAAACAAAGUUCGAUUCCUACUCCCUCUCUCUCACAGUAUUAAUCUCUGAUUAAUAAUUUUGAUUUAGGGUUUUUGAGACUGAGGGGACGCCAUACGAAAAUCCUAAACGAAAAAGGAAAAAAAAUGGGAAGGGAGAGAGAGAGGGAGGUGCAGCAGUACACGGUGGAGCAGCUGGUGGCUGUGAACCCGUACAAUCCCGACAUCCUUCCCGAUCUCGAGAACUACGUUAACGACCAGGUAUCGUCGAAAACGUACAGCCUUGCAGCAAAUCUCUGCCUUCUUCGCCUUUAUCAGUUUGAGCCAGAGCGGAUGAGUACCCAAAUUGUGUCCCGCAUCUUGGUUAAGGCACUCAUGGCAAUGCCGGCUCCAGAUUUUAGCUUGUGUCUCUUUUUGAUUCCAGAACGAGUGCAAAUGGAGGAGCAGUUCAAGACCCUUAUUGUUCUCUCACACUACUUGGAGACAGGAAGAUUCCGUCAGUUCUGGGAUGAAGCAGCUAAGAAUCGUCACAUAGUUGAAGCUGUGCCAGGUUUUGAGCAAGAAAUCCAAGCCUAUGCAAUUCAUGUCCUUUCCGUGACUUAUCAGAAGGUUCCCAGAGCUGUGCUUGCUGAGGCUAUCAACAUUGAAGGUCUGUCCUUGGACAAAUUCCUUGAGCACCACGUUGCAAAUUCUGGCUGGAUUCUUGAGAAAAGUCAUGGCAGAGGCCAACUCAUUGUCCUACCUCGCAAUGAAUUCAACCAUCCUGAGCUGAAGAAAAACACAGCAGAUACUGUUCCACUCGAGCACAUAACCCGAAUCUUUCCCAUUCUUGGUUGACGUUUCUGCUGGAGAGUAGGAAUCUUCGGUUUCUCAGAAGUUGAGACUAGAAGUUCUGGCGCCAUCUUUGUUAUUCCGAGAUGCUCGUCUUUAAAGGGAUUGCUGUUGCUCCGUUUUCUUGUGUUUUGGGUUUCCGUUUUCUUCCAAAUUAGUGUGUUGAAUAUUGAGAAGAGGUCUGCUUUUC